AUGUCUGAUGAGCAACGAUUGUUUUAUAAUUUGAUGAAAAAUUAUGAAAAAGCAGUGAGACCAGUGAGAAAAGCCACCGAUAGUGUUGUUGUUAAAUUAGGAAUUACGCUUACACAAAUAAUGGAUAUUGAGUGGAAAGAUGCCUUCUUCAAAUGGUCACCAAAUGAUUAUAAUCAAUUAAAAAAAUUUCGGAUACCGUGCAAAUACAUUUGGUUGCCGGAUAUUGUGUUAUAUAAUAGUGCAGAUGAUUAUACUCAAGGAUAUAUGCAGAGUUUAGCCAUGAUUGAAUAUGACGGCAAGUUUGGUUCAUGGUCGUAUGAUUCGACACAAGUUGCGUUAGUCAAUCGAUCAGACAGUGUAGAUAUGACAAAUUAUGUCGAUAAUGGAGAAAAGGUCUCAUUAGGAUUAACAGUUUUAUUGGCGUUUUCCGUAUUUAUGUUGCUCAUAGCUGAAAGUAUGCCUGCCACAUCUGAGUUUAUUCCAUUGAUAGGUAUCUAUUUUACAAUUGUUAUGGGCUUAACUUCAGGUUCAGUGCUGCUGGCUGUGAUGAUAUUAAAUAUUCAUUUAUACGGCUCCUCAUUGACACCAGUACCAAAACCAUUAAGAAAAUUGUUAUUUAUUCGAUUGGCUCCUGUACUUUGUGUGAAACUUCAUUGCGCUACUCUACAUACUAAAGAGCCAAAAAAUUCGCGAUCAACAGGUCAACGACCACGUUCAACCACUGUUUACAAUGCCGUAUUUCUCGGAGAACAAGAUCUAAUUAAUGAUCAUCAUAUAUUUAAUUCAACAUAUUUGAAUAGUAAUCAUGUCAAUACAACGACUUCGGUGGCCACAUCUAAUAUCGAAAAUAAUGCCUCUUAUUUAUCAAACACCAAUUCACCUUUGAAUGAAACAAAACGUUUUCCGCAUGAAUUUAAAUAUACUAAUACGGAUUCGAUACCAACCGUGCAUACACUGCAAGAAUGCAAAAGUUUAUUGGGUGAAUUGAAUCGUAUCAUUUUGAAUGAUAAGCCGGAAAGAAUUGAAGAAGAUGAAAUCUCAAGAGAUUGGCAGAACGUUGCACUCGUUAUUGAUCGUCUUUUAUUUUACACUUACAUUAUAUUUACAGUACUUGUUACAUUGAUUACACUUGUUAUCGCACCGUUAAUGAAGACAAUACCAUUAUUACCAGAAGAACGGCAACUGAAUCUGACCAAGUACACAUAA